AUGUAUCACUAUUCACAGUCUCAGCAACCACCUUACCACCACCAGCAUAAGCAGCAACCACAACCUCCACCUCACUUCAACCACGCCCACGCUCCUCCUGGCCCGCCUCAUCAGCCCUACCAACAGCAGCACCAACCACCACCGUCUCAGCCGCAGUCUCACAAUCGGCCUGGCAUGCAGCAACACCACCACCACCAUUCGCACCAACAGCAGCACAUCCCGCCCGCGUUCAAUGGCGCUCUACCGGCCAGACCCACCCGCAGCUCCGCCAUCCCCAUCGUAGCACCUGCGUCCACUCCACCUCCUGGAGCAAAGCCUGCACUUUCUUAUGGUGCCACCACUGCGGCCGGCGUCGCGGCGUCGCAGCCCGAAGCAUCCAAGUCUCCCGUAGGCGCCAAUGCAACCGCCUCCGCUCGCAAGCCGUGCCGCAACGUCGCCAUCUACGGUCAUUGCAAGUAUCAGAACGAUGGCUGUCCCUUUGAUCAUGCGUCUGCAUCGGUGACGAAUGCCUCGAGCGCGAAUGCACAGACUCCCAAGUCACCCGCAGCGCAAUUUGCGUCCGGAUUUUCAGCGGCCUCAUCGUCUCCUGCCACCUCGCCCAACAAGGCGAGAGGCGCCAACAACGGCCCUACUAGCCCGCUCAAGGGAGCCCUCAGCGCACGCAACGUCGCAGCGCCCGUAUUUGUGCCCAAGAUCGGUGGUAGCUCCUCGCCUUCGCUCUCUGCGGCUUCCCCCGCCCCCACCGCCCGGUCAGCGAUGGACGGCGUCGCAUCGGAUGUCAACGACAUGAGGAUCGAUUCGGCCAGCACCAAAGAGUUUACUCCCAGCGCAUACACCCAGAACGGUCCCGGAACUCCCAACAUGUACAAUUCCAGCUAUGAUGUCGACCCCAUCAACAGCUCCUUUGAUCCGUCCCACAACGGCGAGUCUCAGAUGGGCGGCACCUCGGCGUCCUCGGCAGUUCAGGGCCAGGCUUCGCGCCCGUACAACCCGUACGAGCACAUGAACGAGUUUGGUGACCCGACGCCUCCCCAAGGUCCCCCCGGUCUUGGUCUCGGCGCCGGCAUGGACUACUACUCUGCAGCCGCGAAUGGCGCCGCCAAGAUUCGACAGCCGCUCCACUACCACCUCUACGCUCCACCGCUGCCGCACGUCUCAAACCUGCAUCCGCACCACCUCACUGCCAAUGCCUUCUUCCUCAAUCCGAACCAGCGCGAGGAACUCCAGCGCAAGCAAGAGGCCAUGCUCGCAAGUGUGCCUCCUCCAGAAUUGGGCGGACCCCACCUGCCUGAGGAGCUGCACGUCUACCACUCUCUCGUACCGCUCGAGCAUCCCGGUCCUGGCGCGCCCUCCUCGAUGAGCAUGCCACCCGGCCUCAUCGAUCCUCGUAUGGGUGCUCCUGGCGCCAACGGAGCAACGGGCGCGUCGGGCGACCACAGCAAAGUGUUUGGAUACCGAUCUCACUCGUACAAGGCCACUUGCACGCUCGAUGGCAAGCGAUACGUGCUGCGCAGGCUCGAAGGCUUCCGUCUGCAGCAUGAGGCUGCUAUCGCCCUCGUGGAACGCUGGCGCCGCAUCCGUCAUCCCAGCAUUGUCAGCGUGCGCGAAGCUUUUACUACGCGUGCUUUUGGCGAUCAGUCGAUUGUGUUUGUCUACGAUUACCAUCCCUUGGCCUCUACGCUGUAUGCCGAGCAUAUGACCAUCAAGGCAGCCCAACCCGAUCGUCGCACCGGCCGCAUGCAGCCCGUGUCGAUGCAGGUGCCCGAGCGCACGCUGUGGAGCUACCUCUGCCAGCUCACCUCGGCGUUGCGCUCGAUUCACUCGAGCAACCUCGCAGCUCGAUGCAUCGAGACGAGCAAAGUGCUGCGCACGGGCAAGAACCGCGUGCGCAUCAACUGCUGCUCGGUGUUUGACGUGAUCGCCUACAAUCCAGACGAAAAUGGGCCCGAGGCGCUCAAGGCGCAGCAGCUCGAGGACAUGGUCAAUCUGGGUGCGCUCAUCGUUGGCAUCGGCCUCAACAACUACUCUGCGACCAGCGACAUCGCUUCGAGCCUGGCCAUCUUUGCUGGGCGCUACUCUGCCGAGCUCAAGAACGUCGUGGCUUGGCUGGUGGGGCAGUCGCCUGCUCCCCACGAGUCUGCUGAAGACACCACGGAGGUGCCACGCAACGUCGGUGAGCUGGUCAAGGUGCUCGGCAGCCACUGCGCCGACGAGAUGGACUCUGCGCUCAACUAUACGGAUCUGAUGGAAAACUCGCUGAUGAAGGAGCUCGAAAACGGCCGUCUGGUGCGUCUGCUGUGCAAGUUUGGAUUCAUCAACGAACGACCCGAGUUUGAUCACGACCCACGGUGGGCCGAGACGGGCGACCGGUAUGUGAUCAAGCUGUUCCGCGACCAUGUGUUCCACUCGGUCGACGAGGCUGGCCGACCGGUGGUGGAUCUGAGCCACAUCCUGACCAACCUGAACAAGCUUGACGCGGGCACCGACGAGAAAAUCAUGCUCACAUCGCGCGACGAACACAGUUGCCUGGUGGUCAGCUACCGAGAGAUCAAGAACUGCAUUGAAAACGCUUUCCAGGACCUGUCGCGCACGCGGUAG